AUGUUCGACCAUGAUGUGCUGAUAAUUGGCGCGGGGCUCGCAGGAAUGCGCGCCGCACUCUCUGCUGUGGAAGCUGGCGCUGAUGUGGCAGUCGUGAGCAAGGUGCAUCCCGUUCGCAGUCACUCGAACGCGGCGCAGGGCGGCAUUAACGCGGCACUUACCGACAGGGGAGACGACUGGCGGGAGCAUGCCUACGACACCAUCAAGGGCAGCGACUAUCUCGGCGAUCAGGACGCAAUUUCAAUAAUGUGCCAGGAGGCUGGUAGCGAAGUAAUUUCCAUGGAGCACAUGGGAGUUAUCUUCAACCGUGACGAAGAAGGACGCCUGGGUACAAGGGCGUUCGGGGGGCAGCGGCAGGCGCGAACGUUCUUUGUAUCGGACUUCACCGGCCAGGCAUUGCUGCAUGUGCUGUACGAACAGGUUAUGAAGGCGGGUGUCCGCAUCUAUGAGGAGUGGUUUCUGCUUUCUCUCAUCGUGGAGGACGGCGAGUGCGCGGGCGCAGUCAUCAUGGAGAUUCGCAGCGGCGAAAUCCAUGUGGUUCGCUCCAAGACGGUCAUAAUGGCGUCCGGCGGGCUCGGGCGUGUCUUCGAGCCGAGUACCAACGCUCUUAUCUGCACCGGCGACGGCAUGUCGGCCGCGUACCAGGUUGGCGCAUCGCUUAUGGACAUGGAGAUGGUGCAGUACCAUCCGACAACGCUCAAAGGGAGCGGCGUGCUCAUCACUGAGGGAGCACGGGGCGAGGGCGCAUACCUGCUCAACUCCGAGGGCGAGAGAUUCAUGGAGAGGUAUGCACCAAAUAUGAUGGAGCUUGCCUCCCGCGAUGUCGUGUCUCGCGCGGAGCAGACGGAAAUCAACGCGGGCAGGGGCAUUGACGGCUGCGUAUUGCUGGAUGUGCGGCAUCUUGGUGAGGCGGUCAUUAACGAGCGCCUGAGCCAGAUUCGCGAGAUCGGGCGCGACUUCGCCAAUGUUGACCUGCUGCAAGAACCGAUACCCAUACGGCCCGGAAUGCACUACCAGAUGGGCGGCAUCAAGACGGACGUUGAUGGGCAGACGGAGGUUCCGGGGCUGUACGCCGCGGGAGAGGCUGCUUGCGUAAGUGUUCAUGGGGGCAACAGGCUCGGCGCAAACUCGCUGCUCGAUACACUGGUGUUUGGCCGACGUUCCGGGGAGCAUGCUGCGCAGGUGUCGAAGUCGAAGUCGCACAGCGGCACAGUUACGGAUGCUUCUGCGGAGAGUGAUCGCAUCAAUAUUCAGCGACUGCUCGACAAUGACAACAGUGGUGAGAUGUUCGGCAAAGAUUCGGCGGGAAAUGGGUGA